AUGCGGUUACAAAUUCUUUCUGACCUCCACCUCGAGCUUGGUCAGCAGUACUCAGACUUCCAAAUCCCGGUACAAGCUGGCUCCCUUAUCCUUGCGGGUGACAUCGGCAGACUGCAAGACUACCAACCCUUUCUCAAGUUCCUCCAGGUCCAAUGUCAAAAUUUCCAACAUGUCUUCCUCGUCCUAGGCAACCACGAAUUCUACGGCAUCACCCGAGAGGAAGGUCUGCAGCUCGCGGCCAAGCUCACACAAGAACCUGUUCUGCAAGGCCGACUUGUCUGGCGGGAACACAACAGGUUUGACUUUCCUGGAGAAAACGUCACUCUGCUCGGUUGUACACUGCACUCACAUAUCUCACCAAAUUCUCGCGAUAUCGUCCAAUCAAAGGUGAAGGAUUUUUCACGUAUUUUAGAAUGGACGGUCGACAAGCACAACAAAUGUCACAGAGACGAUCUGAAUUGGCUUCAAGGCGAAAUCAAUAGCAUCAGAAAUCAGGAACACACUAAUCAGGAGGGGAAAAGAAAUCCCCGGAAGAAGAUCGUGGUGGUUACGCAUCACGCGCCGAUGCGAAAGGGUAGCAGCGCACCCGAAAAUGAAAACAACGCUUGGUCUGACGGCUUCGCAACGGAACUUCUGACUCCUGGGACGGAAAAGAGAGCAAAUCCGCUCUUGGACGUGGACUGGUUUGUCUUUGGUCAUACCCAUUUCACCACAUCAUGUACGCGAGGAUCGGUCAGGUUAAUCAGCAAUCAGCGUGGAUACGUCUUGCCAGGGCAGCAGCGAAAUAUAGUUGAUGCAGGCGGUCCGAAUAAAAGAAAAAACAGUUCUGCGGUGCCGGUAGCAAAGAAGCAGCGAUCUCUCUUUCUCGCUCGCUUGUUACGACGAGGCAAUCACCAUACGACACCAGAGCCAAGGUUUGAGCAGUUUGACGUUGCUAGAUGUAUAGACGUAUAA